AUGCUAACUUCACUAUCUUGGAUAUGCUGGAUAUUCCCAAAAUCAAUCCUGGCCCAACAGCUGGGUUCAGGUCUUUACGGGCUUGGAAUUGGGGCAUUUGGGCUCGAUUGGUCCACUAUCUCCUCCUACCUUGGAAGCCCACUAGCAAGCCCAUGGUUUGCCACUGCUAAUGUCGCUGCAGGAUUUGUGUUUGUCAUGUACAUUUUGACUCCCCUAUGCUAUUGGCUUAAUGUCUAUAAGGCCAAAACCUUCCCUAUCUUCUCCGAUGACCUCUUCACAACAACAGGUCAAAAGUACAAUAUUUCAGCCAUUAUUGAUUCUCAUUUCCACCUUGACCUUGCCGCCUACAACCGUGAAGGACCUCUUUACCUUAGCACAUUUUUUGCUGUGACCUACGGAGUUGGUUUUGCUGCCCUUACUGCUACAAUUGUACAUGUUGCGCUCUUUCAUGGAAGGGAAAUAUGGGAGCAAAGCAAGGCAAGUUUUCAGGAGAAAAAGAUGGACAUACACACAAGACUCAUGAGCAAGUAUAGUCAAGUUCCUGAGUGGUGGUUUGUGUGCAUCCUUUUGGUUAAUAUUGCACUCACCAUCUUUGCUUGCGAGUAUUACAAAGAACAGCUUCAGUUGCCAUGGUGGGGUGUUCUGCUAGCUUGCGGAAUUGCCAUUAUUUUCACUCUUCCAAUUGGGAUCAUUACUGCCAUCACUAAUCAGUCACCAGGAUUGAACAUCAUCACCGAGUAUAUAAUUGGGUACAUCUACCCUGGAUAUCCGGUUGCUAACAUGUGCUUUAAGGUUUAUGGGUACAUAAGUAUGACACAGGCUAUAACUUUCCUACAAGACUUCAAACUUGGUCACUACAUGAAAAUUCCUCCCAGGACAAUGUUCAUGGCACAGGUUGUGGGAACCAUCAUAGCCUGCAUUACCUACUUGGGCACAGCGUGGUGGCUAAUGGAAACAAUUCCUGACAUUUGCGACUCGACAGCUUCCGAUAGCGUAUGGACAUGUCCGAGCGACCAUGUGUUCUAUGAUGCAUCUGUGAUCUGGGGUUUGAUCGGUCCGCGAAGAAUCUUCGGAGACUUAGGCACAUAUGAAGCUGUGAAUUGGUUCUUCCUAGGUGGAGCAAUUGCACCUAUUCUUGUAUGGUUAGCUGCUAAGGCAUUCCCACAACAAGAGUGGAUUAGGCUCAUUAACAUGCCGGUAUUAAUAGGUGCCACAGGAAUGAUGCCACCAGCCACUGCAGUCAACUACACAACUUGGAUCCUCGUUGGUUUCUUAUCAGGCUUUGUUGUGUAUAGGUACAGGCCAGACUUGUGGCAAAGAUACAAUUAUGUUCUUUCUGGGUCAUUAGAUGCUGGUCUUGCCUUCAUGGGGGUGCUAUUAUAUUUUUGCUUGGGGUUGGAGAAUAUUAGUGUUGAUUGGUGGGGAAAUGACCUUGAUGGAUGUCCCUUGGCUGCCUGCCCUACAGCUAAAGGAGUUCAUGUUGAAGGCUGCCCGGUUAUCAACUAG